AUGGACACUUCCACCUACCAAGACCUCUCAGGCAGGCUUGCUAGGCUUGAGCUUCAAACUGGACAAAGGGACCAAUCAGGGCUCUCGCUAGCUGCCCAGGUAUCAAAUUUACAGGGUAAAGUGGAGUCUCUUUAUAGGUCUAAUGCAGAACUCCAGACAUUAGAGAGGAUCAUUGAAACUGUCAGAGAUCCAAAGAAACACAUUCCUGAAAUCAAAAACCGUAAUGUUGACGUUUCAGAGACAGAGAAGCAGGAGUUGCUUUUGGCAAAGUUCCCUGCUAUUCGUGAAGCUUAUGCUAACUUGGCUGAGCUUCUGACGCUUGAUAUACCGGCGAUUUCCGCUGAAGCAGUGGACAAAGUUGAUUUGGCGCUGGUUAAGGCAAGAGAAGACGCCAUUGAGAAGAUCAUGAAGGCGUACCAUAUGAUGGUGGUGAAGAAUAGUAUUGUUUUUGAGAAGUACAUGGCGUUGAUGGAGAGAGAGAACGAGUUCUGGGUGGAUGUGGAGAAAAAGUUCAAUUCCAUGAGGAUGCGCCUUGAUGGGUUGGAGAAUAAGGAAAUCAUGGAUAGAAGGGUCUGA